GCUAGCGGCGGUGAGUAUGGCGGACAUGGAUGAGCUCUUCGGCAGCGAUGGAGACAGCGAGAAUGAGCAGCGAGAGUCCGGCUCUGGUUCUGGCUCUGAUUCUGAGCACGAGAGACCCAGAUCUGUCAGCAAUGCUUCAGGCAGCGAGAGCGAGAGGGAUCGCGAUGAAGACGAGGAUGAGGGAAAACCGAGCAAUAAAGAGCUCUUUGGAGAUGACAGCGAAGAUGAGCGCGGUAGCCAGCGCAGUGGUAGCCAGCACAGCGCCAGCCAACACAGUGGAAGCCAGCACAGCGGCAGCCAAUCAGAGCGAUCUGGCAACCAGUCGGACGCGAGCAUGCACUCGGACAAUGAGCACAGCGGGUCGGAGCGGCAACAUCAUGAGGAGGAGGAGGAGGAUGAUGAUGAACGAGGUCACAGGUCAGAUGUGGGGAGCCCGGCCUCAGGGGCAGGAAGUCGCCAGUCUGAGAUUGGAAGUGCAAGUCCAGUCUCAGAGGUGGGAAGUCCUCGCUCAGAGGUGGGAAGCCCUCGCUCAGAAGCAGGAAGUGGUCACUCGGAUCCCGCCACACCUCGUUCAGAGGGUGAAGGGUCAGGGAAAGAGACCCCUCAGCACUCCGGAGAUGAGAAGUGGGGUAGGGAUGUAAAGAGUGACCAAUCAGAGGACGAAGAGAAACAGCAGAACUCCGACGACGAGAGGGACAAUUCAGACGAUGAAGGGAUGAGGCGGAAGUCAGAAUCUGUAAAGGGCAGCGACAGCGAGGAGGAAAUCACAAGAAGGAAAAAGAAAAAAGCAGCGUCAGACUCUGAUUCCGAUUCGGAUUCAGGAUCACACAGCAAGAAAACAGCAGCGAAUGACCUGUUCGGAGAAGCAGAUGAUAUUUCAUCCGAUAGCGAUGCAGAGAAGCCCCCCACACCUGGACAACCACUGGAUGCAGAGGACGGCAUGGACGGAGAUCAGCCCGAGGAAGAGUCCGCUCCAGAGACCAGGAUCGAGGUGGAGAUUCCUAAAGUCAGCACAGAUCUGGGCAGUGAUCUUUACUUCGUGAAAUUACCCAACUUCCUCAGUGUUGAGCCCAGGCCCUUCGAUCCUCAGUACUAUGAGGACGAGUUUGAGGACGAGGAGAUGUUGGAUGAGGAAGGGCGGACGCGUCUGAAGCUGAAGGUGGAGAACACGAUCAGGUGGCGCACUCGUCGAGACGAAGAGGGAAAUGAAAUCAAAGAGAGCAACGCGCGGAUAGUGAAGUGGUCUGACGGCAGCAUGUCUCUGCACUUGGGCAACGAGGUGUUUGAUGUGUAUAAAGCACCACUGCAGGGCGACCACAACCACCUGUUCAUCCGUCAGGGUACAGGACUGCAGGGACAGGCAGUGUUUAAGACCAAACUCACCUUCAGACCUCACUCCACAGACAGCGCUACACACAGAAAGAUGACGCUCUCUCUGGCUGACCGCUGCUCAAAGACACAGAAGAUCCGCAUCCUGCCCAUGGCUGGCAGAGACCCUGAGUCCCAGAGAAAUGAGAUGAUCAAGAAAGAGGAGGAAAGGUUACGAGCGUCCAUCCGCCGGGAGUCCCAGCAGAGACGCAUGAGAGAGAAACAGCAUCAGCGAGGUCUGAAUGCUGGAUAUCUGGAGCCCGACCGCUACGACGAAGAUGAAGAGGGUGAAGAGUCCAUCAGCCUGGCUGCCAUCAAGAGCAAAUACAAGGGCGGCGGUCUGAGGGAGGACCGUGCCAGGAUUUAUUCAUCAGACAGCGAUGAAGGUUCUGAUGAAGACAAAGCCCAACGGCUGAUGAAGGCCAAGAGAUUGGACAGCGAUGAGGAAGGAGAGAACUCUGGAAAGAGAAAAGCUGAAGACGACGAGGAAUCUGCUGCAAAGAAACCCAAAAAGUAUGUCAUCAGCGAUGAAGAGGAGGAGGAAGACGAGUGAUGUUCAGUUUUUAUUUUAUUUUUUAUUCUGUGAUUGGUUGAUCACAAUAAUGUAAGUUUCCAGUAUCCCAACAAAAUGCAGUGGUGUGUUUGUAUAUUUUGUAACGAGUGAAAAGGCUCAUCAUUGCAACACAUCAAUAAAAAGGAAUCAUCAAAACA